AAAUUUUCAAAGAAAAUAAUAGGGCUGCGAAUUGCUAUAGCUGGUUAACGUAGGGAGGCAGGGAGACAAACUUUUGGACUCGAGCCCAACUCGUAGCGGCAGCACUUCACAAGCUUCACUUCGGGACUCUGGCCUCUUCCUCUACAACUCGCCAUUCUUGCAGAUUUGCAGGGAAAAAUAAGUGCUCCUGCAAGUUCAUUCCGUAAAUUUGUCUCUAGUGAUGGCGUCAUCUUCUUAUCGUCUGCUCCGUGCAGGCUGUUCACUGUUUGGUGAUCUUCUUCACAACUCUGCUGGGUUCAUGAGAGUGUCAAAUGAGGUUAUAUCCAAUGUUUUGUACACACAGCAACAAAGAACCUUUAUACAAAUGAGGACCAAGCUUAAAGUGGUUGACAAUUCAGGUGCAAAAAAAGUGAUGUGCAUACAAGCAUUGAAGGGAAAGAAAGGGGCACGAUUGGGUGACACCAUAGUUUGCUCAGUCAAGGAAGCACAGGCGGGCGGAAAAGUGAAGAAAGGAGAAGUCCACUAUGGUGUGGUUGUUCGUGCUGCCAUGCCAAAAGGCCGAUGUGAUGGGAGUGAGGUUAAGUUUGACGAUAAUGCUGUGGUUCUUAUCAAUAAGCACGGUGAGCCGAUUGGGACCCGGGUUUCCGGACCGGUUCCACAUGAGCUUAGGAGGAAGAAGCACCUCAAGAUUCUUAGCCUUGCUGAGCAUAUUGCUUGACCUAUGGAGGUCAUGCACUUUCUGCCCUUUCUGCCCAGAUGUCCUUUUGGAGUAUAGGAUAUUUUUAGUUCCCGAAUUAAAAUGGUUCUGUUCUUCACAAACUAUGUAGACACAUUUAAUUAAGGACAUUAAAUUAUGCUAAACGUGUGGUUUGUUGUGGUUUGACUGGCAAGAUAACUAUGUAUAAGGUCUGAAAUUGCAUGAAGGAACAUGCUACUAAUCCAUGAAAUUUCAAAAGAUGACUUUGGAUAUUUCAAUUUUUGUUUCUUAAUGUUUAUAA